AUGGCUACCGGUAUCAAGCAGCCGAAGAUCGCUGAGCGAUUGUCAAUAUUAAACAGGCGCCAACUAGGGGUUUUGAGUCGGUUACAUUUUAUGAAAACCACUCUUGCCGAUCCUGAAACUCGCCAUCCGUUCUUGCCCGGUGGAGAUAAGGCAUUUGACAACGCCUGGAAGAUUCUCCUGAAAAAGUUUCCUAAUGUUGAAACCCGCUCAAAUUCUACCCUGAAUGUCUUCUGUAAUCAAAAGGAAUUUUAUAAGCAAACCUCUUUACUUUACUAUAACUUUGUGGACGUUUUGGAGGUUAAGGAUAAUGUUCUGGACCUUCUUCAACGAAUUAGUAAUGCUGGAAUUCAUCUUGAAAUCAAUCUUAAUUCUGAUUUGACUUAUCUCUAUCUCGAGCUCACCACAAACUAUUUUGCAAUGAUGUAUUUCCUCACGAGAAUCCCUGAUUUAAAGGCCAUUUUAAUGCUUUUCAAUUUUCUCUUUGAACAAGCUAAUGGAAAACCUGAGCCUAAUUUUUCUCGAAUGGCCGAGCGUUUUGUUGACAGCCCAGAAUCUCUUUUAAAACGUCUUCUGGAGGAAUUCAAACCCUUUGCUUCUGUGCUAUCAGUUGCGUUGUCAUCUCUUCAUGACUUUUUCGUUCGAAGAACUGUUCGAGCACAAAACUGGCGAGAUAGUCUCUUUCUCAACAUCCUUGCAGAACCCUCAAAGAUCACUCACACAGCGCUAAGUGAUCAGCUUCCUUGUGAGCUUCUCUCCUAUGAGGUGAUGGAGCGUUGGGUUGUGUUUGGAUUUCUCCUAAUCGGACCUUCUGGGGAAGGGGAUGAUUCGUUUGCAAGAAUUCGACUUGCUCUUCGAAACAGCUAUGUGAUUGUUCUUUUCCGCGAUGAGGUUAUUCACGUCCAUGGACUUCUAACUCUCUUCUAUGAGUCUGUUUGGACAGGUAAAUCGUCAUCUAAACGCCUCUCUGAUAUCAAAGAAGCCAUGUCUAUUGCUUAUUCACAAGCCCCUGGGGCUCAUUCUGACAGGCGAGAUUAUCUGCGUUCCUCUCUACGUCAACUUCACUCCGUUCUAUCUGAUCAACCGGGUCUCCUUGGCCCCAAAGCUUUCAUUGUUUUUUGGGGGUUGUCUUAUGCUGCAGAUGAGAUCUGUUGGCUCCUUCGCCACUCAUGUAAUGUCCCCCUGAAAAAGAAUAUCAAUGUUGACAAAUUCGCUGAUGUAGCUUUACCCGAGUUGCUCUACUACAUUGAAGAUCUUCGUAAUUUGGUCAGACGCUAUUCUCCCGUUAUUCAGCGCUUUCAUAUUCAAAUGCUUCCGGCUUACGAUGCUCCGGGGUUAGAAGAACAUCUUCGUCCAUCCAAAAACAAGCUACCUAGGGAUGAGGUGGAAAUUUUUAAUGGAAUGCUUACUCAGUUGCGUGAAGUCGAGGAUGUCUUGACUUCCAGCGCUCCUCGUCAUUGUGAAUUCGCUAGUCUUCGACUUGACUGGCUUCGUUUGCAGACUGUUCUCUUCGCAAAAGAAUCACCACUUCCUCUAGUAGACUGUUGUCGAUUAGCUACACACUUGCACUCCACCACCUUCCAUACUCGUCUGAUUGAUCAGAUUGAGGAUCUUCUUAGACAAGUCUCAGAUCUCUCUGUUUACUACUUUUACUGGAAUAAACUGGAGGAGGUUUUCAAUCAUAGUCUUGUCUACCCCUCUCAACUACGCUACUCCGGCGUUUUUCUCUCCAUGCCCGCCAGUUUUACCAAUACUUGUCAUGAAAUGUGUCCUCGAGAACGCUACCUCAUCGGUAAAACUUCUGGAAAUCUAACGCGCAGAUUUUGCAGGAAGUUAGUCGACGCAUUGUGCUCUUCCUUUUUCGUCCAUUUAGAGGAGAUGUGCAAUCUGGCUGAACAGUUAGCACCACAAAAGAGUGUACCGUGGUUAGUCGAAGAAAAGCUGAUGAAAAAGAAGUCGGUGGAGGAGAGUGGGACUAUGAAGAAGAAUAAGUCAGGUGCGUCAGGUGGCCAACCUGCUGUGAAUCCAAUCGUAAUGCCUGGUACGGAGAGUUUUCGACACAAUCGAAUUGACCAGACCUCUUAUGAUAAGACUCUAUUCACUCUCUCACAACUCUGUUCUGCUCUCACCUUCCGCAAGGACUUACAUGCAUUUGAGGAAGUUUUUGAUCCCCGUACCGUCCUUCAAACUGAACUUCAGUUGAGAAUCUUUGAGUAUCUUCGUCCGAUUGUGCCUAUCGUUCCCACCGGUCCAAAUGACAAGACGGAAGUGGAGUUGCAUCGACUUGUGAGACCCUCAGACAUGCUUCGUCGAGCUCGAGCCCUCAUGGAGGUUCUCAUUGACCUGGAGGAUCUAGUUCGAAUCGAUGUUGUAGCAGUCUUCACUAGCAUCUUUGAACAACAUGCCCAGCCUGGCAGUGAUACCUCAAAGACCGUCCAAACACUCACCAGAUGCUAUACCGAAUGGUACGCUGAUGACUUCAUUCAACAAGCCUACGUGGGACAUUUUGUCUAUUCACCCCUCCUGAAGAGUUUCGUCACUAUGCCCUCUCCGGAUGCUCCUCGGUUCCGCGCUGAGGAGUAUGCUGAUCUGGCCGAACUUCGAGCACUCUCGGAACUCAUUGCGCAAACAGUGCUCCAAUUUCUCAUUUUCUUUCCCUAUCAACGAAACUACUAUAUUUCAGGUCCCGUGGGAAUGAAGUAUCUGGACAGCCGGAUUAUUGAACAAAUUGGCUCCCGAGUUGAAGAGGUCAAGAAAUUAGUUAUUCUCAAUCGCCCUCUUCUGGAGGAUCUGCGAGUAGCUUUUGACGAUCCCAUCAAAACACGCAAACUUGCCGCCCAAUUGCAGAAAGUCGACAUGCUCCUUUCUUAUUUGCGAGAAAUCGGCGUCGGUUUGGCCUUUAUUGCUCUCUUUCGGGAAGCCCUUGGUGAUGUGGUGAAGGCAUGUCUGACUUCUUUAAUCAGACUGCGCGCUCCUUUUCUUGUUGAAACGGCAAAAAGUAUUCGAACUCGAAUGCGACGUCAAGGAAAGGGCAAGCUCUUACCUCCACCCUUGAUUGAUUCUGGUGUAACCCUGGAAAACAGAGAUUUAGAUUCAAGAACUGAAGAAAUCGCGAGGCUCUUAGAAGUCCCGUUACUGACGAGCAAUCUCUUUGCAGCAAUGGGCCUAACAACUGACGGUCUGGAUGCUGGUCUCUGUGACCUCCUCCGUUUCAAUCAACGCACUUCUUCAUGUAUGAAUGGUGGUGCUGGCCUGACUGCACCAACUGCUGAACCUCCGCUGAAAUUUCAGUACGAUAUUGCCUGUCUCUUCAUUGUCUUUGUUGCUAACGCCUUGCCUCAAUUGGCCAAGGUCAGCGGCUGCUCCUAUCAGGUCAACUUGGCGGCAAAUGAGGGUAAUAUGCACUGCAUAGCAUACGCGGUCACCACUCUCAUGAUCUGUAUGUUCUCAGUUCUAUGUCCGGGGAAUUUAGAAGAACGUUCGACGGAAUUUCUUGCUCUUGCCUCCUCUAACCUUCUUCGUCUUGGACUGGAAUCAUGCUCAUCACUUGUCUCUGCUGCAGAAAUUAGUGGUGCUGCUGAAAACUCAUCCACUCGUCAUAGCAACAACUCCAAUGUCACAAACAAUGGAAAUCGGGACUCGGUGUAUCUUCUUUUUGAUGAAAUCGUUCGUCUAUCGCCUGUUUUAACUGCCAAUCUUCAAGAAGCUUGCUUCCCCUAUGCUCUUAUUCGUAGUGCGUACAAUCAUUUGGCAAAUGUGAAUUCACGUCUUCAACAUCAGCAUCCCCAUGGAAACGUGAGAUCAAAUGUUUCAUCGGUGGGUGGUCACCAUCAUGUUGAUGGGCUAUCGUCCUCGCAUUAUCACUCCUAG